AUGCCUUCAAAGUUCUCAUUCAAAGCUCAUGUAAAAGAAUAUUGUUCCAAGUGUACGUUUGCAGGCUUACAUUAUAUUGCUGACGAAACUAAACAUUGGAUUGAAAGGUUUUUUUGGAUUGUGCUCGUCAUUUUAUCGUGGUAUGGCUCUGUUCUGCUUAUACACGCCGCCUGGGACGCUUUCGUCAAGAGCCCUAUCAGUUUUGGAGUGGAAACAACCUACCUGGACUGGGAAACUAACCUUCCCGCUGUUGCGAUCUGCGAUAAUAAAGCUAAGGCUAACAAAUACAAAAUUUAUAAUGCUGCCGCUAAAAUUUGGCCAUCCAACUACAGUUACGACCUGGACGACGUACUCGAAGACAUCGCUUACUUUCGUGGUCAAGCUUACAGCCUGCUCAAGGAGUGUCUUUCAGAGAACCGCAACUACCUUUGUCCUGUAUCAAACUACAGUUACUACGCUUCUCUUAUACGCAGCAAUUGCCCACAAAUGUUGGCAAAUUGUUCUUACAACAACGAAUCCUUUGACUGUUGCGAAUAUUUCCAGCUGAUAGAAACUGACAUUGGACACUGCUUCAUAAUCAAUUCUAUACAAACUAAGAAACUACGCCCAUAUAAAAUGGUUAAUGACAUAACAAAUAAACGUGGGGUUUUACGAUUCAAAGUAUUCACAGCAUCUAUGGUUUACACAUUAGAAGUCGAUGAGGUUCCUAAUAUCGCGACUUUAAUAUCGUCGACCCUAAAAAUCAUACUGGGCAGAAUGUAUCGGCGAGAAAUAACACUGAAAAACAUUGAAAACCACCCUUUAGUGGGAGAGACGGCGCUAGAUAAGCGCGCGUGUCGCUUCUACCAUGAGAACGAGGACGGUCUCUACCCUCACUACUCCUACAGCGCCUGCAACGUCCGCUGCCGCAAACUCGCCCAGCUGGAGACCUGCCAAUGCAACGACCACUUCAUGCCUAACACUACUGAUGAAGAACGUUGCAAUGUAACGGGUAUGGCGUGCCUUCAUAACCACUUCGCACAUUUGACGACUCUGAAACCGAAGUGGGCACAAAGGCCAGGGCUCUCUUGUGAUUGUCUACCAUCUUGUAAUGAAACUGAAAUUAAUAUUGUCCAAGAAGUUAAUCAGGCGAUAAGACCUAAAGUAUCGAAGGAAGCACACGUAGAAAUCGCACUUUCAUACUUACCAACUGAAAGAUUUAAGAGAAAUGUAGUCAGAGGUCGUCUGGACUUAGUCGUAUCAGUGGGCGGCACGGCCGGUCUGUUUGUCGGAGCGAGUUUGCUCAGCUUUGUCGAGUUAAUUUUCUUUUUCACCGUCCGCCUUGUCAACAACAUUUGGAUGGAGAGACGUAAACAAGACAACAAUGUGCACAGAAUCAAAAGCUUUUAACUUUUUUGGAACCUAGGUUCCAGUACAUAUUUAAUUAUCGAAAAUCAUAAUAGAUACAUACAAUACAGAACUAUUUGUCGGUUUUUUUACAUUGUUAGGUAUUCGUAAAAUGAUGGCAAAACACUUUUCGAUCAAUUUCAUCCUUCAACCUUUUACCACAGAACUGCAUGAAUUAAUCUGCAUUCUUGCAUCCAUUCCAAUGCCUCUAUAUGAAACGUACGAAGCGUUUUGGUUCUUCGUUUCUGUUUUCCCUUCCACCUCUGUCCAGUCAUUUAUGAUCAAUUUAACCGUCAACUCUGAAGCGAGCUUAGGGAUGUGGGCAUUAUUUAUAUAAAAAAAAAAUAUCGAAACCAAUCAUCGAUAUUUCACGAAGCCUAAGUAUAAUAGGUAGGUAGUUAGUAGGAACCAGUCCCUACUUGAAGAGCGUACGCGUACUUAUAGCACAAAUCUUUUAGUAGGAAUCUAGGUAUAUGUAUGUAUGUAUUGUGUAGUAACGUUCAAUAAUGAAAUCUUCUCAAUUAUAACAUGUUAGCAAUCACUAACGUGCCAGUUAUAAAGAAUAGUAGUAAUGUAGGAUAAGUAUAGUAGGUACUGUUAUCUAGUACGUAAAUGACCUAUGUCCUAGUAGAUAACAGUGCUAUAUUUAUCCUCCAGACUCCAAAGUACAGUAAGAAGUGACCUAGUUUGCCACAGGAAACGGUUGCCCUGUGAUUGUGAAUCAGUGCUCCCAUCGUACUAGUCGCUAAUGCAUUGGUCGCCUCUUCAAGGGACUCAUUGAACCAUUGAUGUGUACACCUAUUAUCCAAUUCCAUAGACAAUAGAUCUACCUAUACCUACCAAAGAGUCCAUGCCAGCCGAUUCCCGCCGGGUUACCUUUAAAAAUCCAUGCAUAUUCAUUAUUCUACUGUACCUAUAUCUAGAUAUAUGAUAAACCGGAGUUUACAUCACACUAUAUGAAUUUCCUUUUCUAUGGGACGUCUUACCUUCAUCUAAAUUCCAUCCUUCGUCACUGAUUCGUACCUAAUACAAAAUCGUUGCGUCGAAUUAAAUAUCAUAUGUACUUUGAAGAUUAUGUACAUAGGUAUUAUGUAUAGAUACCUAAACAUUAACACAUUAUUAUUUUAACACUUGUAAAUUAUUUUAGUUCUUUGACACGU